AUGUUCUUCGCCAUCUUCUUCGUGACCACUCGCAUCUUGCAACUCCUGAUUCUUAUCCCCACGGUUGGCAUGCUCGCCUGGUUCGUCGACAACUUCACCAAGGCCAAUGCUCUCACGCCCGCCUCCAUCCUUGUCCUCUUCAUCGUCUCGACUCUCGCUUUGGCAUGGGCCCUGUUCACCGUGUUCUCGUAUCACCGGUCCAGUAGCAACGGUCGCUUCAUUGCCUUGAUCGACCUUGCCUUUGUCGGCGCCUUCAUCGCUGGUGUUUACUAUCUGAGGGGAAUCGCAAGUGAGGAUUGCACCACAGUCAGUGUUGGACGAGGAAACGACUGGACGGCCAAUUUGGGGGAUAUCCAGGUCUCGGGCCCCGGCGCUAGCAUCAGCUGGCGGACAGAGAAACGCUGCGCCAUGCUGAAAGCUAGCUUCGCCUUUGGGAUCAUUGCUGCCAUUCAGUUCUUCUGCACCGCGAUCGCGGCCUUCUUCCAUGGCGAUGACCAUGUCGAAUAUGCCAGGCGGGACCGUCACCACUCGAGCAGGCAUUCGCACAGGAGAAGCCACUCGGGCUCGAGGCACUCGCACCACUCUCACAGGAGGGUUUAUGUGUAG